GGGAUUGCAAACACAAAACAAUCACAUUGUAGUCUUCAUCAUGCAAAGGUUCAUCCACACCCUCUUUUUCGUCCUCUUCCUCCUCUUCAACAUUUCAGUGCCUAAGCCUUGGACUUCAGCAACAACAGUAACACUCUACAACAAAUGUUCUCACCCAGUCUGGCCCGGAAUCCAGUCCAACGCAGGAAAGCCCAUACUAGCCCGUGGCGGUUUAUUCCUCCCUCCUCACCAGAACCAGACCCUCCAACUUCCCCCAUUAUGGGCAGGCCGCUUUUGGCCCCGUGUCGGCUGCAACUUUGAUGCUGCGGGCCGUGGCCAAUGUGAUACUGGAGACUGCGGUGCCGGUCUCUUCUGUAAUGGGCUUGGCGGCGCCCCGCCUGCCACCCUUGCUGAAAUCAACAUUGGUACUGGCACUGAACUAGCUUACUACGACAUUAGUUUAGUAGAUGGUUACAACCUUCCCAUGAGCAUAAUCCCAGUCAGAGGCCCGGGCCUCGGCCCAGUACCGGGAAAGUGUCAGUUUGCGGGCUGUACAAAGGACCUCAAUACAAUGUGUCCGGCGGUUCUGCAGGUGCGGUCAAAGGACAAGAAGCGCGUGGUGGCGUGCAAGAGUGCAUGCAGGGCUUUCAAUUCGCCAAACUACUGUUGCACAGGCAGCCAUGGAACUGCACAGACAUGUGGGCCCACCCAAUAUUCUAGAAUCUUCAAAAGUGCUUGUCCCAUGGCUUACUCCUUUGCCUAUGAUGACUUGAGUAGUCUUUUUACUUGUCCCAGUGCUAAUUAUUUGGUCACUUUCUGCCCUAAUUAAUUGUAUUGGGUAAUUCAAGAAUAACUCUCAUUUAUGGAAUAAUGUGUGUUUUAGUAAAGAUAUUGUAAUGCCAAUGUCCAAUUUAUAUAUUCCAUGGA